UUAAAGUAAUGUCCGGAUGGUUAGACUUCAGUCUGUGUAUGAUCUGACCAUUACACUUUGUCAAAUAUUUCCCAAGAUUUGAGGUACUGCUCAUAUUUUAUUAGGAUCCCACGUUCCCUAUUCUUAGUCAUGUACUCCUUAAGAUACCUGAGUGCUUGGCAACUGGUCCAGAAUGAGGAAGACACGUGUAAAAUUAGGGAAUCUCUUCCCCCGGGACUGUAUGGCAUCCUAUUCAAGGUGGCUUUCAGGUAUAAGAAGAGUAAGUUGCUGCAGGAACUGGUGAAAAAUUGGCCUUACCCACAACUCAAAGUUCAGAUGCUCCUGCAAAAAUGUCAUCGAUGUCCAAAGACUUCUAAGAAGUGUUCAGACUGUCAAUGGACUUUCCCAUAUAAUGAGACGAGCAAAAAUACUUUUGAUGACAUAAUCAUGGGAGUAAUAAGCUAUAUAAAGGAAAGAAUAAAUGACGGCUCAAAGACACUCCCAUCCAGGAAGCUACAGCAGUUGGAUAUGACAGGAUUGUUGAGUAAAAAUUUUCUCUGGAACCGCAAACUCAUGAGACUAUGGGCCAGUUCCAUAAGCCGAGCCAAAAUCUGUGCCUUACAGCAGAAGUUACAUGACUCAGAAAAUCAGGAAAGGAGCCAGGCGCCACAAACAUCCACCUUUCCAGUGGAAUUACGAGUGGAUUUCCUAGUGGACCUCGAAGUGAGCUUCAUCUCUGAGGAGUUUCUAAUGGCAGUUCUCCAGGACAACAUCAACAGUCUUCUCCAUUUGACCUGCCGAGAUUUCUAUGUUGAAAGGCAUACUGUUCGUGAUGCUGCAAAAUUCCUAGUUCCAUUGGACCCUCUGGUACUCCGAAGGAUUGACCUAAGUAACGGCCAGAUGAGGCUGAUGGAUAUUGGGUGGUUUAUGUCACAGAUCACUAUCUUCCAAAAUAUGAAAAGCUUAAAAUUUCCUGAAUUUAAUGAGUUUAUGGAGCACAGCCUUAAAGCCCAACUUGACAUUUUUGUUACAGAGUCAAACAAGCUGAAACACCUCACGGAAAUCACUUUCCACAAUAUUUGUCUUUCAGACCACCUGGAAUACCUGCUUGGAGGUCUACAAUGUUCCCUAAAGAGCCUUGAACUUUCUUACUGCUCUCUGACAAAUAAAGACUUAACCUACCUAGCCCGAAGUCAACAUAGCACUCAUCUCAUAAAGUUGAAUCUUAGCAGCAACACAAUAGACCAAAUAGAACCUUUGCUGGAACUUCUGAAGGCAGCCUCACACUCACUCGUGUGGCUGAAUAUGGCUAUGUGUGGGAUCACUGACAGUAAGUUUUAUGCAGCCUUGCCCUCUCUGUCCCGCUGUAGCAGGCUCUCCUAUCUUGGUCUAUAUGGUAAUCACCUGACUAGCACAAGUGUAUUGACUUUUCUGAGGCAGUACCAGCACAAAUUGCCCUACCUGAAGGCUGUAGCAAUUCCUCUUUUCAUAGACUGUUGCUCAAACCUUCCGGAGUUUAAUCCUUUUCCUAGGUCAUUGGAAUCUUACAUCAAUGCCAGUAAGUUUAAUGCUGUCCUGCAGGAAAUGGAAGAGUUGCCAAGAGCAGAACAAGAAUCUCCCAUUGACUACACUUUAAAUUGUAACUUCCCUGUGAUAGACUAUUUUGACUUUCAAUAGUUGCUUGAUACCAGAGGUUGAGAGACUCUCAUAGUCCAUCAGGGUAAUAGUAACAGUUCAUUUUCUCUUUCUUAAGAAAAUCUUUUUAUCACAAUUUUAACUAUAAGAUACUCAACUCUGCAUUUUAUAACUUAAACUUAAAGCAUUUUAUAAAGGAGAACUGGGAUUGGGACAACUAACAAAUAUUUGAUUGUUAUUUUUAUUUCAUUAAAGAUAUUAUAUGUCUAGACAUACAUUCUCCCAAUCUCUUCAUGUAAUAAUGCUUUACAUCUUGCUAUAGUUUUAUGCUUCAUUUUAAAUAAAUAUGUAUUUUAAAGUAUUAUUUAAUGACACAAAUAUACCAUUUGUUAUCCUUUGUUAGAUGUUUCUAGUUUGGGACUAAUAUAAAUAAAGCAAUUAUUAAUAUUUUUCUAGA